AUGUACAAAUCCCUCCGUCUAAAGCCUUCACUGGCCCUCAACCCAAUGAGUCGACGAUAUCUCGCAACCAAACCCCAAAACUCCCUGCCAGCAGCAUACUACCGCGGCGGAACAUCCCGAGCAGUAUUCUUCCAACAAAACGACCUCCCCAAAGACAAAGAACACUGGGCUCCCAUUUUCCGCAAUGUCAUCGGUAGUCCAGAUCCAUAUGGCCGCCAACUAGACGGCCUAGGAGGUGGAUUAUCCAGCCUCUCCAAAGUCUGCGUGGUAGGGCCUUCAACGCACCAAGAUGCAGACGUCGACUAUACCUUCGUUUCACUGGGAAUCAAAAACAACGACGUUGAUUAUUCCAGUAACUGCGGGAAUAUGAGUUCAGCCGUUGGUCCAUUCGCUGUUGACUCGAAGCUGUUUUCGCCAGAUGGGGACUCGGCUUCUGUGAGAAUUCACAAUACGAAUACUGGGAAGAUCAUCCACUCCUCUUUCCCUGUUGUUGAUGGCGAGGCUGCUUCGAGUGGUGACUUUGCUAUUGAUGGUGUGGCUGGUACUGCUGCCCGGGUCCAGUUGGAUUUCAUUAAUCCUGCCGGCUCGGUGACGGGUAAAUUACUGCCCACGGGGAAUGUGGUUGAUGUCUUUGAUGGGGUGACGGCUACUUGUAUCGAUGUUGGGAAUCCUUGUGUUUUCAUCCAGGCGCGUGGUCUCGGCGUACAGGCUAAUUUGACACCCGAUGAAAUCACCGCCCAUCCGGAUCUGCUGGUCCGCUUGGACUCUAUUCGUCGUCAGGCGGGUGUGAAGAUGGGCAUUGCAGAUACCCUGGAAAGUGUUCCAGGGAGUGUACCCAAGAUAUGUUUGGUGGGGACACCGUCUACCGAUGCGCGAGACGUGCAGCAGGAACAGACGCCUGCGAAGGUGGAUCUUCUUGCUCGUGCGCUUUCUGUUGGACAGCCGCAUAAGGCUGUUCCUAUUACGGUUGCAUUGGCGCUUGCUGCUGCUGCUCGUGUUGAGGGGAGUACGGUUGAUGGCGUUGUGAGCAAGGAUCAGGUUGAUAGUGCUGGGAUUACCAUUGGCCAUGCAAGUGGGAAUCUCAUGGUUGGGGCGAAUUUCGCGGACAGCGGAGAGUUGACCUCUGCUACUGUCUUUCGGACUGCUAGACGUUUGUUUGAGGGGCGCAUUUUUUGGAAGAAUGAUUGA